AGGUAGCAGUCCAUUCUUUUGUGGAGAAUCUGUUCAGGAGUAUCUGGGGAUUGCCUAACAGCAGGGCCCCACUGGCCAUCAAGUACUUUUUCGACUUCCUGGAUGCACAAGCAGAGAGAAAAAAAAUCUCAGAUCCAGAUGUUCUCCACAUCUGGAAAACAAACAGCCUUCCACUUCGUUUCUGGGUGAACAUCCUGAAGAACCCUGACUUUGUGUUCAGCGACUUGGAAAAGACACCUCACCUGGACGGCUGUCUGUCCGUCAUCGCUCAGGCGUUCAUGGACUCCUUCUCCCUAGUCGAGCAACACCUGGACAAGCAUUCACCAACCAAUAAGCUACUCUAUGGCAAAGACAUCCCUCAGUACAAACAGGAAGUGAAGUCGUACUACAAGUUAGUGAAGGACCAGCAUUCUAUUAGCAGCCAAGAGUUGAAAAUAUUUCUUCAAGGGGAGUCAAAGAAACAUCAAAAUGAGUUCAAUGAAUCUGCGGCUCUGCGAGAACUCUGCAAAUUCAUGCUCCGCUACUUCAGCGAGGUUUCUCAGAAGCUGGAACAGACAGACGCCCCUGAUAAGUUGAAAGAGGACAUGCAAAACGUGAAGGAGCUUUUUGAAAACAUGAAGCGAAGUGGUUGGAGUUGAAAUUCCUGGUCUUGUUAUUCAUAUGGGUAUUUACACUGCAUUUUGUUUAUUUUAAGCUGGUCAUUAAACUGGACGCACCUCCAUCAUAAAGACUUUCAGCAUCCUCGGCCAUAUAUUAGAGAAGACAGAUUCACUUCUGUUUGUUGGACAUUAUAGAGACCAAGUGAAUGUAAUGUAUAUUGAUGAAUUUUAGAGUUCGAGAGGAGCUCAUUGUUGAGCUUAUAUUGAACUAACACUGACCUGUCUAUUCAAUGUAUCUCAAACCCAUUACUUGCAAAACUUGAUGAUUUAUAUGGUUUAAUUAGAUUUUUCUCCCUGCUUUCUGAAUCAUAUAUUAUUUUACUACAGAUUUGCCUCUAAUGCAUUAAUCUGCCAAUUUGCAUAAUUAUUCAACUGUUCUGGUCUGCACUAUAUUAUUAAAAUGUGUGUAGUUUUAUGUAAAGAGCUGUUUCUAACAGUGUGAUCACUGUUAAUCUGUAUUCCUUUGUCGCCCUCUAUUGGUUAUACUAGUUAUUACUUAUAAUAUGACAGCUUGCAUUAAUCGAUUUAUGAAUUACAUUAUCCUUAAGGAGUAACAUUCAGAACGAUAUAACCAAACAAAAAAAUAAUGGGUGAAAUUGCCAGUAUAUUUUAAAAUGUAAGGGAAAAUAAUUGAAGUAUGUAGAAAGAGUAUCAUUUUUAUCGUUGUUUUUUGUUCUUUCUUUCUUUCUUUUUUUAAAUCUAAUGUAUCACUUAGGAUGUAUUGACAGAUGUUAAGUUUACUAUUUGCCUAUUUCUGUU